ACCAAGCAAAAACCAGGGAAGAAAAAAAAACAGGAAAUGGUUUUAAAAUAGUCACAAGUUGUAUUUUGUCUUUUCUGGUUCACAAUUUAGUAUAUCUAGCCUUUGCUUAUAACAACAACAAAGACAAAACGAGUUAAGGUUUGAGAAUUGAGAUGAAGAAGUCAUGCGAGCUCUGCAACAGUCCCGCAAAACUGUUCUGUGAAUCAGAUCGAGCCAGCCUCUGUUGGCAAUGUGAUGCCAAGGUUCACUCUGCAAACUUCCUCGUCACCAAGCAUUCCAGGUUUCUCCUCUGCCAUGUUUGUCAAUCUCCAACAGCUUGGCAUGGCACCGGGCCCAAGUUUGUACCCACAAUCACCGUUUGCAAUCACUGUGUUACCAAACAAAAUGAUCAUGAUGAUGAUGGUGAAGGAACAGAGGAGGAUGAUACAGAAAACGAUGGUGAUACUGAUGUAGAAGAAGAAGAUGAUGAUGAUGAUGAAGAAAACCAAGUGGUUCCACCAUGGUCAUCUACACCGCCACCACCGGUUUCAAGUUCUUCAAAUAGUGCAACUAGUUCUAGAAGAUUCUCUCAUGGUCAAGACUCAAGAAGGUGACUAAUAAUGUUUUCUUCUUGCUGCUGAAGCUAAGUCCUCUGUUUUGUAAAGCUAUGAUCACAAGUAUAGUUAUGUUUCCAAGAUCCCCUGUUUUUCUUC